AUGACGGAGCUCCCCUGCCAGGAGCUAAAUCUGGGAUCUGGCUGCGGCGUGUCCUGGCACUGCCACUCAGCCUCUGGACCUGCACAGACCGUCCGCCAUGGUCAGUGGGGCCAGGGCGAGAGCGGGGGCUGGGUGGGGUCCUCGGGGGUGGAGGGGCUCCCUGGGGAGCAGUCCCACCGGAAGUUCUCUGCCCCCCGGCAUGGCCACCUGGGCUUCCUGCCCCAUAAGAGGAGCCGCCGGCACCGAGGCAAGGUGAAGACGUGGCCGCGGGAUGACCCGAGCCAGCCUGUGCACCUGACGGCCUUCCUGGGCUACAAGGCGGGCAUGACGCACACGCUGCGUGAAGUGCACCGGCCGGGACUCAAAAUCUCCAAGCGGGAGGAGGUGGAGGCGGUGACGGUCGUGGAGACACCGCCCCUGGUGGUGGUGGGUGUCGUGGGCUACGUGGCCACCCCCCGAGGCCUGCGCAGCUUCAAGACCAUCUUCGCAGAACACCUCAGUGAUGAGUGCCAGCGCCGCUUCUACAGGGACUGGCACAAGAGCAAGAAAAAAGCCUUCACCAAGGCCUGCAAGAGGUGGCGGGACGCUGACGGCAAAAAGCAGCUACAGAAAGACUUUGCUGCCAUGAAGAAGUACUGCAAGGUCAUCCGGGUCAUUGUCCACACCCAGAUGAAGCUGCUGCCCUUCCGGCAGAAGAAAGCGCACAUCAUGGAGAUCCAGCUGAACGGCGGCACAGUGGCCGAGAAGGUGGCCUGGGCGCAGGCCCGGCUGGAGAAGCAGGUGCCAGUCCACGGGGUGUUCAGCCAGGGAGAGAUCAUCGACGUCAUCGCCGUCACCAAGGGCCAUGGCGUCAAAGGGGUCACGAGCCGCUGGCACACCAAGAAGCUGCCACGAAAGACCCACAAGGGGCUGCGCAAGGUGGCCUGCAUCGGGGCCUGGCACCCCGCCCGCGUGGGCUGUUCCAUCGCCCGGGCCGGCCAGAAGGGUUACCACCAUCGCACGGAGCUCAACAAGAAGAUCUACCGCCUCGGCCGGGGGCUGCACGUGGAGGAUGGGAAGGUGGUCAGGAACAAUGCAUCCACCAGCUACGACGUGACUGACAAAUCCAUCACGCCGCUGGGCGGCUUCCCCCACUACGGGGCAGUCAACAAUGACUUCAUCAUGCUGAAGGGCUGCAUCGCCGGCACCAAGAAGCGGGUCAUCACACUGAGAAAGUCCCUCAUGGUGCACCACAGCCGCCAAGCCCUGGAGCACAUCGAGCUCAAGUUCAUCGACACCACCUCCAAGUUCGGUCACGGCCGCUUCCAGACAGCCCAAGAGAAGAGGGUCUUCAUGGGACCCCAGAAGAAGCAUCUGGAGAAGGAGAAGCUGGAGACCUCGGGAGACCUGUAG